CUUGUACAUUGCCCGGCCACCCUAUAUACAUUUCCUCCUACUGUAAUACUCGAGAGGAUGCAGAGGCAGCUGAGCACACCGGAGAUGCCCCUGUUCGCGCGGGAGGAGGAAGAGGAGGCCGACCUGGAGGCCAAGCCGGAGAAGGCGCCGCCGUCGUCGUCCGAGCGGUACAUCCACCUCAUUCCGGUGCUCACCCUGCUGUGCUUCGUCGUCCUCUUCCUCUGCUCACACGCCCCCUCGCCUGCUGAUAUGGCGAGCUUCGGAGGGAAGGCAGCAGGGAGCGGGAAGCCGAAGUCGCUCUGACGCAGACCACGGAGGAGUCUGUCGUGACAAGAACUGAACAACAAGUGAUGUGCCAAACAUAUGGCCGUUUCCUUUCUUGAUAAGUAUAGCAUAGAUAAACUGUACGGAACUCCAUUUGAAGGCCAAGUAAUGUUUUUAGGCGAAUGUAUGUAUGGAACUCCAUGCAGUCUGAAGAUAUAAAGCUCAAUUGUCAGA